AUGGGAGCCGGAGGACAAAGGCGAGGAAGACACUACUGGUGGGUAGCCUUCUGUCUUUCUUUGGUACUCAGCUGCGUGGAGCGAGUUUCAGCUCAGAUAAAAUAUUCCAUUCCAGAGGAAGUAAAAGUGGGAUCUGCUGUUGGAAAUGUCGCCAAGGACCUAGGGUUGGACAUCAGCUCGUUGGUGGAAAGACGGUUUCGUAUUGUCUCUGGAACUGAAGAUGCCCAAUUUGACAUAAAUCAGAACAAUGGCGUGUUGCAUGUGCAUAAAAGCAUCGACCGAGAGGAGCUCUGUGAAAGCGCCUCGCCGUGUUUAAUAAACCUGAAAAUGGUAGCUGAGAACCCCAUGGAAAUACAUUAUGUGGGAGUAGAAAUCACUGAUGUAAAUGAUAACUCACCCAGUUUUCAGGAAAAAGAAAAAAUAUUAGAAAUAUCUGAGUCUACAAUGCCAGGCAAACGCUUCCAGUUACCAACUGCUCGAGAUCCAGAUGUUGGCGUCAAUACGGUACGUGUGUAUAAAUUAAACCAUAAUGAAUAUUUUAGCGUACAGAUUCGAGAGAGAGGAGAGGACAAAAUACCAUUCUUAGUUCUGCAAAGGUCCCUAGAUCGGGAAAAGUACCAUGAGCAGAAACUGAUUCUGACAGCAGUUGACGGUGGCAAUCCGCCAAGAUCAGGGACUCUUAAUGUCACAGUCAUAGUCCUCGAUUCAAAUGAUAAUCAUCCUGUAUUUAGCGAAGAAGUAUAUUCAGUAACAAUACCUGAAAAUAUCAAUGCUGACACAAGUGUAAUUAAGGUGAUGGCAACUGACAUGGAUGAGGGUGCAAAUGGAGAUAUUGAAUACUUCUUCGGUGGCGAACUUGACCCAAAAAUAUAUGACAUGUUUACGUUAGAUAAAGACACCGGUGUAAUUCGAGUAAAAGGGGAAAUUGACUUCGAGAAGGUUGAUGUUUAUAAGUUAGACGUCCAUGCAACUGACAAAGGACAACCUCCAAUGAGCACCGAUUGCAGGGUGAUCAUCAGAGUGAUCGACGAAAAUGACAACAAGCCUGAAAUAGAGGUGACAUCCCUGUCAAAGACGGUAUCCGAAGACUCAAAGCCUGGGACCGUGGUUUCUCUUAUUAGUAUUACAGACAAAGACGCCGGACUGAAUGGUAAAGUGAUAUGCAGUCUUUCCGAUGAUGUGCCAUUCGAAUUAAAACCGUCAAUUCAAGAAAAUAUGUAUUCGUUAGUGUUGAAAAAUCGCUUGGAUCGAGAAUCGGUUUCGCAUUAUGACAUCGAAAUAACAGCUACAGACUGUGGUCAGCCUCCUCUAUCUACAUUCAGAACUCUGAGUAUUGAUGUAUCUGACGUGAAUGACAACAACCCAGAAUUUUUGCAAAAUCCAAUUGAACUUUACCUGAUAGAAAAUAACGUGCCAGGUAACACAAUAUUUUCUGUUACCGCUUCGGAUAAAGAUCUGAAUGAAAACGCGGCUUUAACUUAUCACAUCGUUAGAGAGGAAGGCAGUCAAGUUAAAACUGCAGCAUUUUUAAAUAUCAAUCCGGAUAACGGACACAUCACCGCGCUAAAAAGUUUUGACUUUGAGACGCUGAAAACUUUCCACUUCCACGUGGUCGCGUCAGACUCGGGAACUCCGUCACUCAGCAGCAACGUCACAGUGCACGUGUUCAUUCUGGAUCAGAACGACAACGCUCCAGUCAUCCUGUAUCCAGUCAGCUCGAACGGUUCUGCUGAAGGUGUGGAGGAGAUUCCCCGCAACGUGAACGCAGGACACUUGGUGACUAAAGUCCGAGCCUACGACGCCGAUAUAGGAUAUAACGGCUGGUUACUGUUUUCACUGCAGGAAGUUACCGACCACAGUCUCUUUGGUCUGGACCGCUACACGGGACAGAUCAGGACACUUCGCUCAUUCACAGAGACAGACGAGGCUGAGCAUAGACUGGUCAUACUGGUGAAAGACAAUGGGAACGUUUCACUCUCAGCAACGGCUACUGUGAUGGUCAAACUUGUGGAGCCCAAAGAGGCUUUUGCAGCUUCUGACGUGAAAAGUUCGGCAAAAGCAGAUGAGGAGAAUAAUGUGACUUUUUACCUGAUGAUAACUUUGGGCUCAGUUUCGGCUCUUUUUCUCAUCAGCAUCAUUGUGCUGAUUGCGAUGCAGUGCUCCAAACCCACAGACUGUACUUCUAAAUAUCUGCAAGAGACGAAUUAUGACGGGACUCUGUGUCACAGCAUCCAGUACAGAUCUGGAGACAAACGGUACAUGUUAGUUGGACCCAGGAUGAGUAUAGGAUCUACUAUAGUCCCUGGCAGCCAUGCCAAUACACUGGUGCUUCCUGACAGAAGGAGAGCAUCUGGAGAGGUAAGACCAUGUUUCGAUUUUAAUUUCAAGAUAUUUUUCAUGCACUCGCAGAUAAUUUACUGUGGUUUACAUUAA